AUGGAGGUCCUGGAGUUCCGAAGCGUCCGUGCAGUGGAGGCAGUUACCGUCGUGCUCUGCGCUUCCGCGACGCUGGGGCGCCCGAUCCUGCGACUGUGCCGCGAGGAGCGCGCGCUGCCAUCCGUGCGCGAUUGCUCGGGUCGUUUAUUCGAAUUCUCGAAGGCCGUGAGGACGUUCGUUCUGUGCGGCUGUGAUGCGCAAGACCCCGUUUACAUACACAAGCAGUCCAUGAGGGUUGACAUCUCUCGGCAUUUUGCUCGGGUCAUUUCUGUGGUCAUGGUAUGUUUCCUCUCAUUGCAGGCAAUGGUUGGAGACAACAAUGAGCUUAUCCUACCGUUACGUUUGUACGCAUGUCUAUUUUGCAUUGUGUGCACGAUCUUGCGCUUGUUCCCAGGGCUGGUUACCCCGGUGACAGUGCACCUCUGGUAUUCGGUUGUGUUGAUUGCGGCUGCGCUAAAGGUUUCACCGCUCUUUCAGUUCGCGGAGGCGGUGCCUGACCUCAGGUUGUUCAUCAUGUUUGAUUGUAUUGGCCUGGCCGUGAUGAAUAUGUCCAUGCCGAUGAACUUUCUUUGGGCCUCCGUCCUGUACCUGAGCGCCACGCUCACGCUGCUGGUGGGGGGACGGCGGAUUCCAACGGCAAUCCUUGCUUCGACUUCGUCCAAACUUUGGAAAUGA